AUGCUUCAGUACCUCAACCCCCGAAAUGCGAAUACCAAGAUCGUCAAUGCCCCCCAGAUGGCCGAAUCUAUAUCUGAAGGCGUGCUCGCCUCUUACACCAAGCAAGUCGGUGAUUAUGUCGACUUGGAUGAAGAGCUAGCUUUGAUCGAGACAGACAAUAUUGAUGUCGCCGUGAACGCGCCUGAUCCGGGAAUAGUAACCAAGUUGUUGGUUGGUGAAGGAGAUACAGUUACAGUCGGGCAAGCCCUCAUCGAGAUCGAUGUGGAUGCGCGCGAGAAGCCGACCUCAUCAGCAAAGGAUUCAGAGCCGCAAAGAGUCAAGGAUCUCGCUGCACAGCAAUAUUCAGCGGAACAAAAGCAACAACAAUCCAUGGCUCCGGCAGCAUCUUCGUCACUGUCUCAGGAAGCAUCAGUGUCCGCAUAUGGAGACAGCAGCCGUGCUGAGAACAAGGUCAAGAUGAUACGAAUGCGCUUGCGCACAGCGGAACGUCUGAAAGAGUCGCAAAACACAACAGCAUUCCUUACAACCUUCAACGAAGUCGAUAUGUCCCAGGUCAUCGCCAUGCGUAAACAAUACAAGGAUGAGGUUCUCGACAAACAAGGUGUGAAGCUUGGAUUCAUGGGUCCGGUAGCUCGCGCUUCUGCAAUGGCUUUAAACCAGAUUCCGGCUGUGAACGCUGCGAUCGAGAACGACGACACGAUUGUCUUCCGUGAUUAUGUCGACUUGAGUAUAGCAGUCGCCACCCCCAAGGGGCUUGUGACGCCCGUGCUCCGGAAUAUUGAAAGAAAGAGUGUUGUUGGUAUUGAGCAAGGAAUCGCAGAGUUGGGAAAGAAGGCUCGCGACAGCAAAUUAGCCAUGAACGACCUGACCGGUGGCACCUUCACUGUCAGCAACAGCGGAAUAUGGGGAUCUCUUUUCGGAACUCCUAUCAUCAACAUGCCGCAGAGCGCGGUUCUUGGUAUCUACGGAAUCCAAGAACGGCCUGUUGUGAUCGACGGUGAGGCAUAUAUUCGAUCAAUUAUGCAUGUCGCGUUGACUUAUGAUCAUCGUUUGGUCGACGGCCGUGAAGCUGUCAUCUUACUCGCGUUGGUAAAGAAGUAUUUGGAGGAUCCGGCUAGUAUGCUCCUUAUUUGA